CCUCGCAUUAACUUCCACUCUCGCAGGAAAGGUUACUACUAUUGGUAGCAGUACAAAUGCUAAACUCUUUUGCAGCUCAAUCAUCACCAUCUUUUUGAUGAUGGUAAUGGUGUAAUGGUGGUGGUGGUGUGGUAGGCGAGACCAUUGAAUCCACCCCCAACAACAACGGCGAGUACAGUCACCUCCUCCUCCAUCCACCAAUCCAAUUUCUAACUCUCUCUAACGCAUGAAAAAGAACACACACACGUGCUUCCCCACUAUUUAUUAACCUCACCGGAGGAGUCCCCUCCUCCACUUCCCAUUUAAUACCACUUAACUAUACCUCUCACCUACUGCUAUACUUUUUAUUUAUUGCUACUGCGCCUAGUACUAGAAAGCGUAGGAUCGCUCUACUAACACUGGUGGGAGAUGCUUACCCGGGCGGUGACCGCACCCCACGCCGUCGCUAACGGUGGCGGUAACGGACGGCGGGAAUGAGGCUCCGGCGCCGUGACCGUCUCUUCCACUUCGUCGUCGUCGUCGUCGUCGCCGUCGUCGCCGUCGUGCUCGCGGCGGAGGUGGCCGCGGCGGCGACGGCGGCGGAGAAGGAGAUACUGCUGGAGUUCAAGGGGAACGUGAGCUCCGACCCGCGCGGGGCGCUCGCGACGUGGAGCGCCGGGGGGGACCCGUGCCGGGACUUCGCCGGGGUGAGCUGCGACCCCUCCGGGGCCGUCGUGAAGGUGCUCGUCCACGGGGCCGACCUCGCCGGAACCCUAGCCGCGUCGCUCUCCCGGCUCCCCUCGCUCCAGAUCCUCUCCCUCUUCGGCAACCGCUUCUCCGGCGAGAUCCCGCCGCAGUUCGCCGCGCUCGCCCCCACCCUCCACAAGCUCAACCUCAGCCGCAACGCCCUCUCCGGCGCUGUCCCCUCCUUCCUCGGCUCCUUCCCGGGGCUCCGCCUCCUCGACCUCUCCUACAACGCCUUCUCCGGCGAGAUCCCCGACGAGCUCUUCCGCAGCUGCAUCAAGACCCGCUACGUCUCCCUCUCCCACAACGCCCUCUCCGGCCCCGUCCCCGGAUCCAUCGGCAACUGCUCCAAGCUCGUCGGAUUCGACUUCUCCUUCAACAACUACGUCUCCCUCCGCAGCAAUUCCCUCUCCGGCACCGUCGCCGAUAAGAUAUCUCAGUGUCGGAGCUUGAGCCUGUUCGAUAUCGGGAGCAAUUCGUUCUCCGGAUCGAUCCCCUUCGGCAUCCUCGGCCUCGUGAACAUCACCUACUUCAAUGCAUCUGCGAACGGCUUCGUCGGAGAGAUUCCGAAGAUCGCAUCCUGCGGGAGGAGGUUGGGCUAUUUCGACGUCUCCGGUAAUGCUCUCAGUGGCGGAAUCCCCACAAGCGUUGUCAAUUGCCAGGCACUGGAGUACUUGGAUUUGGGAUCUAACAAUCUCUCCGGAACCAUCCCAGCCGAGUUUGGGACACUAAAAUUGCUCUCAGUUCUCAGGCUGGGGAACAAUGCCGCCAUAAGCGGCCCCAUCCCGCCGGAGCUCGGCGGGAUCGAGCUGCUCUGCGUGCUCGAUCUCGAAAACCUUCAACUCUCCGACGAGAUCCCGGCUUCCCUGGGCCAAUGCCUCUUUCUUCUCCAGCUGGAUCUGUCCGGGAACCGCUUGCAGGGAGGAAUCCCCGGCGCCCUCGACAACCUCACCAACAUCGAAUUCCUCGAUCUGUCGGAGAAUUCACUCACGGGCGCCAUCCCGCGCCUAGAAAACCUGACAAAACUAACCUACUUCAAUCUCUCCUACAACGAUCUCUCCGGCACUAUCCCUUCUUACCUUCAAAGAUUCGGCUUCUCAGCAUUCAUGCACAAUCCGAAGCUAUGCGGCCCUCCGCUGAACAACAUCUGCGGCGGCCCACGGAGAGCAAGAUCACUGAGUGUUUCCGCCAUAGUCGUCAUUGUUGCCGCGGCCAUUAUUUUCGUCGGGGUUUGUAUCGUCACAAUCAUGAACAUCGGGGCGUAUCGAAGGAGAGGGCGGCAAGAGGAGGUCUUGGUGUCCGAGAGCACGCCGCCUCUCUCUACUGGAUCGAAUGUGAUCAUCGGGAAGUUGGUCCUCUUCAGCAAGAGCCUACCUUCGAAGUACGAAGACUGGGAAACGGGCACAAAGGCGCUUCUCGAUAAGGACUGCAUUAUAGGCGGCGGAUCGAUAGGCACGGUGUACAAGGCCAGCUUCGAGGGCGGGGUAACGAUCGCCGUGAAGAGGCUCGAAACCCUAGGGAGGAUCCGGAACCAGGAUGAGUUCGAGCAGGAGAUGGGCCAGCUCGGCAGUCUUAGCCACCCAAAUCUGGUUGCUUUCCAGGGCUACUACUGGUCAUCCACAAUGCAGUUGAUUCUCUCCGAAUUCAUCCCUAAUGGGAAUCUCUAUGAUCAUCUGCAUGGGAAUCACUUCCCCUAUCCUAGCAGCAGUAGCGGCAGAGGCAGAAGCGAGCUCCUCUGGUCGCGACGGUUUAGAAUAGCUCUUGGAACGGCUCGAGCCCUCGCAUAUCUCCACCAUGAUUGCAAACCCCAAAUCCUGCAUCUUAACAUUAAGUCUACUAACAUAUUGUUAGAUGAAAAGUACGAAGCUAAGUUAUCGGAUUAUGGGUUGGGCAAGCUGUUACCGAUUCUCGGUAGCCUUCAACUGACAAAGUUUCAUACAGCAGUUGGGUACGUAGCACCCGAGUUAGCCUCUCAGAGCUUGCGGUAUAGUGAUAAGUGUGACGUGUACAGCUUCGGGGUAGUUUUGCUGGAGAUUGUGACGGGGCGGAAGCCGGUGGAUAGCCCGGGGGCGGCGAAGGUGGUGGUGCUGCGCGACUAUGUGAGGGAGGUGUUAGAGGACGGUACCCCGUCCGAUUGCUUUGACGGGAAUUUGAGUGAUUUUGUAGAGAGCGAAUUGAUUCAGGUGCUGAAAAUAGGGUUGAUAUGCACUUCCGAGGCCCCGACGAGGCGGCCGAGCAUGGCGGAGGUGGUGCAGUUUUUGGAGUCGGUUAGGAACAAUUCGUGAUGCCUCUCGCGGUAAAUAUUCGUCGCGCAAGGAUGAUUGCUUUUGGUGGCACAAUGAUUAAUUACAUCACAUUCUUUCUUUUCAUUCUUUACUUUGUCACCAUUGUUGUUGCAUUUGUUACAUGGAACCUCAAAUUUGUUUUGCAAUAAAAUGUUAUUUUGUUGGUAGCAGCA